CAAACCUUUCUCAAGCAACUAAUUAGUUGAAUUCUAACACUGAAAGCAGCAACAUGAAAUUUGAACUUCUAGUAUUGAGUCUUAUAUUUGUCAGAUUAACGCUGAAAGCUAAAGUUUCAGCAGAAGUAACUAUCGGUACAUAUGCCGAUCCAAGUCAUCCCGGUCAAUGUGUGUUGCAACAAUUAGUUUUAUCUCCCGGUGCGGUAGCUAAACAUCCCGAGAUGUGUGCCAAAAUUACCUGCCACGAUAAUAGCAAAGCCUCCAUAGUCACUUGUGCUACCAUGAUACCCCCUGAAGGCUGUACAGUGGGAGAACCUGUAGAUCCUGAGGCCAAUUAUCCAAACUGUUGUCGCAAGAAGAUUAUUUGUAAAAAUGGUUUAGUAUUUAAUAGUUAGGCAGGCGUAUUUAUUUUACUUUUAGUGAUAGUUGUAGUGCAAAGUAAUUGUAAUAAAGUUUUGUUAUUUAUUUUGUUAAAAUAUUUAAAAUUA